AUCAAUAAAAAUAUCAAGAAACAAAUGGACUUUUUGAAAUGUACUGCUGUUGAAGCGAGAGGCACAACACAAAUCAUGGUCGCGACCGGAAAAGAAUUCGCGGAAAGGCAGCUACUUGUUCGAAAACUACGUACAAGGAAUCAAACCAACUGUACAACAUUUGUUGAUCUUUCUCUCGCCAAACCAAAUACAGACCGAUACAUAUAUGUGUGCUUCAUUCUUCGGAUUACCACCGUCGACCAGCCACACCCUCCUCGCCACCAAAUCAACCUCAAUACCUAUGGCCACGUCACCGUCGGCGUACCAGAAACUUCUAUCCGUCGGCACCAAAAUCGUCGCCGUCGGCCGGAAUUACGCCGCGCACGCGAAAGAACUCGGAAACGCCGUACCUAAGGAACCUGUGCUUUUUCUGAAGCCUACAUCGUCGUAUUUGGAAAACGGCGGGACGAUUGAGGUGCCAGAGCCGCUAGAUUCGCUGGAUCACGAGGUUGAGCUGGCGGUGGUCAUUGGUCAACGAGCCCGUGACGUGCCAGAAGCCAAGGCCAUGGAUUACGUUGGAGGUUACGCUCUUGCUUUGGACAUGACUGCUAGGGAAAUCCAAUCUACUGCUAAGUCGGCAGGUCUACCAUGGUCUGUAGCUAAAGGCCAAGAUACGUUCACGCCUAUCAGCUCUGUUUUACCGAAGUCUAAGUUUCCAGACCCUCACAAUGUAGAACUAUGGUUAAAGGUUGAUGGGGAAAUACGGCAGAAGGGAUCCACAAGUGAUAUGAUAUUUAAGAUCCCAUUCUUGAUUAGCCACAUAAGUUCUAUCUUUACGCUACUUGAGGGUGAUGUAAUCCUCACAGGGACUCCACAAGGUGUUGGCCCAGUUAAGAUGGGACAAAAAAUCGAGGCUGGAAUAACGGGACUUUUGGAUGUGCACUUUGACGUUGAGAGACGCCACAGAGUGAGGCAUUAACGAGCUAAGCACGUCCAUUUCUAUAUAACAUUCAAGGUUUAAGUAUGCACAUUCAUAAGCAAUAAAGCGCGCCAACUGAUAUUGAAGAUCAAGUACAAGCGAAAUUUCAUUUGUUCAAGAAAUUGAUGUAAUAUCACAGCUGAAACUUUGAUGGGCAUUUUGUUACAAGGUGAUACUUAUAGAUUUGGUACUAUCAAUCAUGUCGUGCCCGAUUCUUCUUUUUCCUUUAAUAACGUAAUUUAUGCCGUGUACUCUAGAUUUAAGGUUGUUACCAACCAUACUUUUUAUCAUUAUGGCAUGUUUACGGAAUAGGAAAGCAUAUGUAUGUUAUCUCGGAUAAAAAUAAUCAAUUAGUGUUCAUGGAGGAGUAUUGUCCUAGUUUCUGUCGUUUGCAAAUAAAAGAAAUGAUCAUUUACAUACCUGCUACAUAUUUUGGAAAUAUUUGCAUACGAUUGGUUAAUUUUA